GGCCCUCGGGCUGCAGCCCCCGGAGACGGAGCAGCGCUUGCCAGGCAGCCAGGCAGGAGACGGGCCUGGGCCCCUGGGCCCUGCAGGCAGAGAGAAGCCCCUGGUGGCGGCCCUGCAGGAGGACACGGAGUCCCUCGGCCGCCAGAGCCCAGCCUGCACCCUGCAGCUGGCACAAGGGCAGCUGCCCCUGGCUGAGCAUGCCGAGGUCCAGGCAGAGCUCAGCCAGUGGCUGGAGGAGGCCCAGCAGGCGGUGGCGGCCUUUUUGCCCGGCAGCAUCGUUGGCUGCAAUGCCUGCCAGGAGCAGCAGGAGGCACUGGAGGGUCUGCGGGAGGCCAUUGCCGAGCACAAGCCUCAGAUGGGGAAGCUGCAGCGCAUCGCCGCGUGGCUGGCCGAGCUAUGUCCGCGGGAGGCGACACCGCUCUGGCAGAGGCUGCAGGUGGCCGAGGAUCGGAAUGGCGGUCUCCGAGAGCAGGCCCAACAGGCCACCGCCACGCUGGAAGAGGCCCUCCCACGAUACAGCCAGCUAUCCGAGGGGCUGGAGCUGGUGGCCGGGAGUCUGGCAUGGCUGCAGGACCACACGCGGCACCCACUUGCUCUGCGGGGAGACCCCGUCUGGCUCCAGGAGCAGCUCUGGGAGAACAGCCUGCGGCUGGUGGAGCUGGAAAAGCUGGGCGUGGCCCUCGAGACCCUCCAUGGGCAGGGGGUGGAGCUUGAAGCCACCCUGCAGAGCACUGCACACCCAGCCGUCCAGGAGCGCCUGCAGGACCUGUGGAGUCAAUGGCAGCUGCUGGGGGAGCUGGAGAAAGAGCGCGAGGCCUCCCUGCAGGAACUCCUGGCCCUGGCCAGACAGUUUUGGCCCGGCCUGGCCAAGCUGGCCGGGGCUCUCGGCAACACCCAGCGAAGGGUGCUGGACCUGGAAGACACCGCGGCCUCUGAUCCGAAGGAUAUCCCGGCCAAGCUGGCAGCCAUGCAGGCCCUGCGUGGCAAGCUGGACGCUCUGCAGAGCGAGCUGGACUCCUUGGGGGCUUGCGGCAUGGAGCUGAUGUCGUUGUGCGGAGACCCAGAGAAGCCCACCGUCACCAAGAGCCUGGACGACCUGUACUCGUCUUGGCACAGCCUGAACAGGAUGUGGGCAGAGCAGCAGAAGCACCUGGAGGACCAGCUGCCGGCCUCGGUCACCGACCCAGCGACGAUGCAGAGGCUCUUGGCCUGGCAGGCAGAGGCCGAGGUCCCGGGGGAGGGGGACCCAGAGCUGAAGAGGGUUGCUCUCUGGUGGGCAGUUGGCAAGACUGACGCCGUCUCUUGGCAGGUGCUGCAGAAGGACGUCCUGUCUCACUCAAUGAUGGUGCAGGCCGUGCAGGAGGCUGGCUGGCGUCUGCAGCUGCCCAGUGAUGGCAGUGGGGCCCGUACGGAGGUCCUGCAGGGCAGCCUCCGGCAGCUGAGCCACCGGUGGAGCCAGGUCCUGGCCAAGACGGAGCACCGCCAGCUGGCCCUGGAGCACAAGCUGAGCCAGGUGCGGGAGGUUUCCCUGGAGGUAGCUGGGCUGGUGCAGUGGUUGGACCAGGUGGAGUUGCAGCUCUUCUCUUCCAAGCCCACCUGGGACCCCUCUGAAGCCACCAAGGACAAGCUGGCCGCACUCCUGGAACUGUGCGAAGAGAUGGAAUCCAAGUGGCCAACAUACCAGCGAGUCCAAGAGAAGCUCCGGCCCCUGCUGGCCUCCUGCCACCCAAACGGGGCCUCUAUGGCCGAGCGCAGCCUGAGGGCCUUGGAGCAGAAGUGGGCCAGCCUCAGCAGCUGCCUGCAAGAGCAGAAGGAGCAGCUCCUCCAAAGCCCCAACAGGGCUGCCGGGGUCCAGGCCGCCCUCCAGAAGCUCCUUAAGUGGGUCAAGCAGACCGAGGAGGCCUUGGCCGCCCUGCCUCCUCCCAGCUACAUCCUGGACACAGUCAGCAAACAGAGGGGGCAGCAGCAGGCUUUGGCACAGGAGGCGGAAGCCCAGAGCAAGAAGCUGGCAGGGUUGGCGGUGGGGGCUGCCUGCCUGACCCAGGACAACGGAGGUCCUCGCAGCCUGGUGGCCAGUGCCAAGGAGCGGCUGGCCAAGGUCCUGCAGCAAGUGACCGAGAGGGGGGAGGUGCUGGAAGAGGCCCACCAGCAGGCCAAGCAGUUCCGAGAGUCCUGGCAGCUGCUCCUCAAAUGGAUGGAUGGGCUGGAAUCAGCCUGCCCAGCCCCCGCAGGUGCCCCCCCUGUGAAGCCAGAGGACCUCAAGGCCCUUCUGGGACAGCACAAGGGAUUCCAGAGGCGCCUGCGGGCCAAGCGUCCCAUCUUUGAGGCCGCCCUGCAGCAGGGGGGUCUCCUACGCGGCAGGGCCCUCCUCCCUGCUGACGGCCAGGAGCUGGACGCGAUGCAGAGGGAGCUGAAGGAGCGCUGGGGGGCCCUGUGGAGUUGGGCGGCUGAGAGGCAACAGAAGCUGGAGGAGCUCCUGCUGUCCUCUGGCUGCUUCAGCGACGCCCUUCAGAGCCUCCUGGACUGGCUCUGUUGGGUCGAGCCCCAGCUGGCCGAGGAGACCCCUGUGGCUGGGGACAGAGACCUGGUGGGCACGCUGAUGGAGCAGCACAAGGCCUUCCAGGCAGAGCUGGGCCAGCGGGCGGUGUCUCUCAGGACGCUGAGGUGCUCUGCACAGGAGUUGGCACGAGGUGGGAGCAGCGUGGACACCCGGUGGCUGCAGAGCCAGAUGGAGGAGCUAGAAGAGCGCUGGGAACACGUCGGCCGGCUCUCCGUCUCCCAGCAGACCCGGCUGGAGGGGGCCCUGAGGCAGGCAGAGGAGUUCCACCGCCUGCUGUGCACCUUCCUGAGCCGUCUCUCUGGCCUGGAGAAGUCGGUCGUGGAUGGGGCACCCCCGGAGGAGGAGGAGGCCCUGACCGAGGGCCGGAGCCAGCUCGAGGAGCUGCAGCAGAGGGUGCAAUGCCAGCAGCUGGAGCUGGACUGCAUCAGCUCUCUGGGCGAGGAGAUCCUGAGCGCCUGCCACCCCGAUGCGGUGGGCACCGUCCACUCCUGGGUCGACCUUGCCAAGAGCCGCUUCCAGCAGCUCUGCAGCCGGGUCCAGCAGCAGGAGCAGCGGCUGCAGGCCCAGGCGGCCUCCCUGGCUGUGGACCGGAAGGUGCUGGAGAGGCUCAGCGACUGGAUCACAGCUGCCGAAGAGGCCUUGAGCCUGCGGGAUCAGGAGCCCCUCCCGGAGGAUGCCAGGCAGCUGGAGGAGCUCCAUAUUCAGCACAUGGUCUUCCUGCAGGAGUUGGGCCACAAACAGGCCGAGGUGGAGAAGGCGGCCAAGAACGGCAGGCAGGAAAGGGCGGCACAAGUGGGGGCGACGGCUUCUUCCUGCCAGUGGUCUUCUGGAUGGCAUGGCACCAGCAGAGCUUUGCCCCAGCCCCCCCUCGUGCCCCUGGAAGACCUGGAGCCCCAGAGCCCACUCCUAGCCCAACUGGUGCACCGCUGGCAGUGCCUCUGGCUGGCAGCUCAGGACCGGCAGCGUCGGCUCCAGCGCUCCCAGCAACGCCAUCCGGAGCUGGAAGAAAGGGUCAGCUUCGACUUUGCGGCCUGGCGCAAGCGGUACCUGCAGUGGAUCGGGCACAGGAAGUCCCGGGUGCUGGACAUCUUUCACAGCAUUGACCGGGGCCACGAUGGGCGCCUCACCCAGCAGGAGUUUAUUGGGCGUGUCCUGGCCUCCAAAUUCCCCACCAGCCUGCCGGAGAUGAAAGCAGUGGCCAAAAUCUUUGACGUGAACAGGGAUGGUUUCAUUGAUUAUUAUGAAUUUAUCCGUGCUCUGCACCCCAGCCGGGACGUCCUGCAAAGGGCAGCCAAUGUGGAUCACAUCCAAGAGGAGGUGAAGCGACAAGUGGCCGAGUGCAACUGUGUGAAGUGUUUCCAAGUGGAGCAAAUUGGUGCCACCCGUUACAGACUUGGGGAGUGCCAGCAGCUGCGCAUGGUCCGAAUUCUGCGAAGUACCCUGAUGGUGCGAGUCGGAGGUGGCUGGACGGCUCUGGAUGAGUUCCUGGUGAAGAACGACCCCUGCAGAGUCAAGGGAAGGACCAACCUGAAGAUCAAUGAAAGAUACCUCUCCCCGGGGCUUCUGGGGCGGAAGGGGACAGGCAGCCAAUCUGCCCCCGCCUCCAAGAUGCUCUCCCCCAGCUGUUCCACCCCCAGCCUCUGCCUGUACAGCAGCGCCUCGGCGCCCAGCAGCCCCGUCCCGAGGAAGGCUGUGCUGCGCCGGACACACUCAGGGGAUCGGUGCCUCCCCUCCUGCCAUCCGGCUGGGGCGGCCUUUGCCGCUGGAGCAGCUGGGCCUGGCGCUGAGCCCCCAGGUCACCCCAGAAGAGAAGCUGUUCCCAGGGAUGUCCCUGCACCCUGACCGCUGGAGCAGCUCCUUCCCCUCCAGGCCCCGCAAGCAGCAGCGGAGAGACUGGGCAGCCCCCGCCCUGGGAGGCUAAGCAGGCUGCCCCACCUUUUCCCCACAGGCAUCCCACCCCCUGCCCCCCACAGCCACCCUCCGCAGCCCUCCCUGGCAACGCGGCUGAGCUUCUCUUGGAGCAGGACCACCCUUCGGGGGGCACCUUUGGUGCUCCCACCAGCCGGCGGCUCAGCUGGCCGAGGCCUCGGGUGUAGCUCUGGUGCACCUGGGACAGAUUUUGGAAUGAGAGGCCUCUUGCCCUGGCUGAGCCCCCUCCCUCUGCAGGCAGCAGCCAGGGAGAAUCCUGGGCUUGACGCAGCACCAGGACCAAU